AUGUUAGGUCAGCUUCAAGCUAUUGAGACAAUUGAAAUAACUAGGAAUGACCUGACAUUCGCGUACAGCAUACUGUGGGACAUGCAGUUCUUGCUAUGUAACCUGGCCCUCAUUGGUGCGCUGCUGCUGGUGCUGGCGGAUGCCCGCGGAGGGGCACAAUCUUUUCGUCAGAGUGCUUUCCAUCGGCAAGAACAAACUGAAGACAUAUCUGCAGCUUGCAGGAGUUCAAAGAAUUGA